GUUAAAUUCGGCAAAACAAGGAGACCGCAAAUUGUACCGUUCCAUCGACUACGGGAAGUGAAAAUGGAGUUCGGCGAAGAAUGCUGUCUCCCGGAAACCGAUUGGAAAGACGUGAAGAUCCUCUUUACCAGUGAUACAAGCCAGCUGGAAUCAUGGCAUUCCGGCCGCAUUACGAAAGAAAUCGGAGUUGAUGAGUGGUUUUCUUAUACGGAAGUGGAAGUGUUUGUAGCGAAAACACGUCCACAGCGUUGUAUAACGAUGCAGUGCAGAGACGGUGGCGUGAUGCAAAGUGUGCGGAGUAUCCAGAAUCUUGGACCACCAGUGGCGCCCCGCACAUUUCGCAAAUUAAGGAUCUCCAUGCCGAAAUCGGUCGCAUGGUGCAGGAAAAUGCUGGCUGUCGGUUUGCGCCGGUUAAGCCAUACUAGCGCGUUUUACAGUAACUGGUUUUUUAGAACCGGUACAAUAUUCCUUCGCUGCAAUAUGGAUGAUUCGAUUCAGGUGUUAGCUAAAAAACCUGAUAGACAGCUUCCCCAACGCAUCUCCCGAAUCCUGGAGCGCGAAAUAUUGCCGGAAGUGUGGAAAUAUCUUGGAAAAUUCAACGGACUGGUUCGUUUGGUUGUGGGUGACGUCGUGCACAACCUACUGAACAUUGUUGUGGAACAAGAAUAUCGGUCUGGCAUGAACUGUUCUCCAAUGCGAUUCGAAUAUUUGCCAUUGGAACUGCAGAUCAAUAUUUGCACAGACCUGGACGCAUACGAACGAGAACGUCUUAAAAGGGUGUCUACGUUUUUCUCUCGCCUACUAACGCUUAGUGCCCUGGAACGAUGGAUCAUCCUGCCACACUUAUGCAGUAGUGCCCUCGUUGAUCAUGAUUACCACGACCAAAGGUCACUGAUUCGCUGCAGUUUCUUGCUAGCGCACAUGGUCUCACGCUGGGUACCAAGGCAGACCAAGAGACUGUGUUUGGCCGGAAACUGGGAAAAGUGCUUCUACUCGUUGGGUAUCAUACUGCACUUCCUGAACAUUAAACUGGACUGGCUGAUUAUAGCGGAUAACGGCGGGCUGCGCUUUGGUGAUUUCAUGACGUUCCCGCCGAAUAGGCGCAUGAUGCGGCUACGAGAAGAUCAUGAAGAGCGUUCACACACAGUGUGGCUGUCUCCCCGUUCUACGAUGAAAUCUGCCGCAAUAUCCUCCUGA